UCAUAAUUGUCAAUUGAAUUUUUAAAUCAUUGGAGUAAAGUCAAACUCAAACCAAAAUAAUAAAAAAAAUCUGGUUGUAAAAGUAAAUUAAAGAACUGUUUUUGGGUUUAAAAUAACAAAAUAGAAAUAUUGUUAUGUUAUGUAUCUUAUAGAGAGCUAAGGCUUAAUAACAUGACGUUAAAAAAUGAAGAUUAUCAAGAGCAUACUAAAAGGUUACGUUUUAAGAGUAUAACAAAUAUUCAACAAUGCCCGGGUGAUAGCAUUGACAAAACUGGAAAAGAAAUUAAAAAUAAAGAUGGAGAUAAAAGUGCUUCUCUCUUUGCAUUUUUGCACGUCGAACUCACAAGAGGGUAUUUAUUGGAACACGAUGAAGAAAGAUUCUCUGCCCGGAGAGAGAAAGUUUAUUCAUUUAUUAAAAUUCCUCAAGAAUUAGAAAAAUUCAUGGCUUAUGGAUUUUUCCAAUGUGCAGAUUCUUUGUUAUUUGUUUAUACAUUCUUGCCUUUAAGAUUUGUAAUGGCAUUUUGGUCAUUCAUUAAUAGACUUUUUAGGCAAUGUUUUGGAUUUUAUUCUAGAAAAACCAUACUUAAGCCAGCUGAGACAUGUGAUGUACUGAAAGGAUUCAUUUUACUAAUAUGUAGUAUAUUAAUGUGCUAUAUAGACACUAAUAUGAUGUAUCACUUAGUGAAGAGUCAAAGUGUGAUGAAGUUGUAUAUAUUCUAUAACAUGUUGGAGGUAGGAGAUAGAUUGUUCUCUGCCUUUGGACAAGACACAAUCGAUGCUAUGUUCUGGACAGCCACUGAGCCAAGAGACAGGAAGAGAGAACAUCUUGGUCUCAUUCCACAUUUACUUUUUGCUAUGACUUAUGUCUUUCUCCACAGCUUACUAGUGUUGUUCCAAGCCACAACACUAAAUGUAGCUUUUAAUUCUAAUAACAAAAGUCUUCUGAUAAUUAUGAUGUCAAAUAAUUUUGUUGAAUUAAAAGGAAGCGUUUUCAAAAAAUUUGACAAGAACAAUCUCUUUCAAGUUUCGUGCAGUGAUGUACGAGAACGACUUCAUUUAUCGGUGCUGCUUUUUAUUGUGGUGCUUCAGACUAUGAAAGAGUACAUGUGGAAAGAAGAAAGGUUUUGGAUAUUAGCCCCUGACUGUGUGCUUGUUCUUACUUUUGAGGUCAUCAUUGACUGGGUGAAACAUGCAUUCAUUACCAGGUUUAAUGAAGUUCCUUAUGGAGUGUAUAGAGAAUACACAGUUAGCUUGGCAUAUGAUGUUGCGCAGACUCGGCAGAAGUAUGCGUUCAGUGACCACUCGGAUCUAGUUGCUCGGAGGAUGGGUUUCAUUCCACUGCCUCUUGGAGUUGUCAUAACGAGGGUUUUAGUGCAUGCGGUCAAAGUUGACGGAUUAGCAGCGGUGCUAUUAAUAUUCAUAGCAUACUUGUGUCUAAUAUCAAUAAGAGUGCUCGUAUCCAUCGUUAUACUCGGAAAAGCUUGUGAUUUAAUAACACAACACCAGAGUGAGAAAUGUGACAGCCACCACACCACGCCUAAACGGGAACAAAAAGAUUCAAAAGAAUUCCCAUACACUCAUAAGAUUCCUGAAGCAGAGUCGACAGAAAAAAAGCCAGUACAGCUUAAGUUUCUUAUACCGGAGAAUGUGAUGAUCGAACCGCUAGUAGAUGCAUCAGCUGGGGCGGCGGCCAUUUUCUCGAAUAGUGCAAUAGACUUGAACGGAGUUUGCUAUCUUAAUGACAAAAUGAAUGUCCAAGUUAAGCAGGAACCAGCGGAGUACAUCGAACCUGAUCUGGACGUCAGCCGCAGCGCUCCCGAUAUAAAAGCUGCGGCGGCCGCCAACGAAGAUUCAGUGGAGCGCCCGCAGUCUCCCGACGCGGACGGGCUCAAGAGGCGCGCGGAGUCCGAGCCGAACCUCGCCAAGAACGACGACCAAGAGGCUACGUAACACAAUCCGAUCAUCGAAAUAUUAUUAGGGACCUACAUCGAGCCAGAAGUGUGGGAUCCUCUGUAAAGCUGUAGCCACACCAAAUAUGUUCGAAAUGUUUUAGGCAUUUUGCUUCGCCUUAUAACGUGUUGCUACAGCUUUACAAAUGGACUUAAAAAGAUUGUUAUACACGGCACCGAAAAAGAAGCAAAAUAACUUGACGCUUCUUUGUGUGGAUCAAUAACUAAAUUAAUCAAGAUUUUUUGCGUGUAUGAGGCAAAGUGGAUAUGCAGGGACCGCUACGACAGCGGCAACGGUGUCGCUUCUUUUGUCGUCGUGUGUAAACAGCCUAUCUGCCGGUUGCUCUAGUUCCAUCUAAUGAGAUUGUCUAGAACGAAGUAUGUUAGGCCUAUAACGAAUAUCCGGGUACAAAAAUAUAUAUAUAAACAGAAAUUGUUUUAUUAAAUAAACAUUAUAAAGUAUUUACCGAAAGAUUUUGAGACACUUAAGCCUCCAUAGCCUAAGUCCAUAUCCUCCAUAGCCUAUAAGCCUUACAUAUAUAAUAUGUAUAUUCCUCGUUUCUCAAUUUAUUUGAUUCAGUAAAAACUUUUAGAAAACAUUACAUUUAGUACGUUCUGUCUGUGUAUUUGGUAACUCGCAAACUAUUUUAGCAUCAAGUAGCGUGCAAAGCAAAGCAGUUCCUAUUACUUGAUAUGCAAGGUACACCAAUGUUUGUGA